AUGAAUAUCUGCGGAUGCAUCGCCCGGCACGUCGAGGACGUGCGGUUCCACUGGCAGCGCCGGCGGUACAUAUGGCGCGCAUCAUACUACUACAACCUGAUGACGUGCGUGCUGUUGAUAGGCAUAGUGCUUUCGUUCGCGUUCCACUACCUCAUCACCAACUUCAAGUUCUUCAUGAGUUACUGCUGCUCUGCGCGCAGCAUCAGGACCAUCACGUACUACAUCGUGCUGCACAUCAGCUGCACAGGUGGGUCAAGAGUGCACGCCGCCAACAUGCGCUCAGCCAUUAUACUGGCGCUGGCCAUAUUUCUCGGCCGGGUCUGCAACAUGCUCUCGAACAUUAUCAUCAGCGACUCCAUGGCGACGGACGGUUACAUGCAUUACCUGGGGUGCGGGGUCAAGUGGGUGCCCUGGGGACUGGCGGUCCUCCUGGUCUGCAUGGUGAUGAUGCACUUUUCCUCGCUCAUCUGGAUGUUCGCGAACUCGCGGCAGUGGUGCGAGAACCGGUUCAACGAUGCGGCGGUGAACGCGGUGCGAAACUGCCGACUCAUCGUGCGGGGAAACGUGCCGUGCAACUUGUCGAUCAUCAGUGGUACUCACAAGGAGAUCCGUGAGUGCAACAGCCCACAGUACCUCGUGAACAAGCGCCUCAUGCUUCUGGCCCUGGUGGACAACGCGUCCGCACUCUCGUGCUCGAUAGAGGACCCCGCCGUAUGCAACGCCUUCAACGACGUUUUCACCGGCAAGUAUGUCGAUUGGAAGCGUGCAGAGCUUCGCGGCUGUCUGGGCCAAGUGCCCGAGAACCUGGACAAGUUCAAGGAUCGAGGUUCGUCCAGCGACCUGUACAAGUACCUCAUGCUAUACGCCAUUUCGUGGGCGAUAGUCUACGUGCUCUUCAUCUGCUUCUUCUACAUCAUGAAGCGCACCACAGAGUUCGACGCCAUCAUCUACCAGCCCAAGAACCCUGCAGAGAACAUUGUCUUGAGGUUCACUCGACCCCUAACGCCAUGGUCGUAA